AUGGCCUCCGGCCAACCUUUUGCGUCGCGUUCGUACGCUGGCAGCAAGCUCCCCGAGCGCUCUGUCACUGCCAACGCCAUGCCCUUCAGCGCUUCGGCAUUCUCCCGACAUCGCGGCAUGGGCCAAACAGCGCCCACUGACUUUGGCGCGCCAGAAGGCCCCAAGCAGAACCAGCAGCCCGCCGCCGCGCAGGGAGCCAUGCAGUCCCAUGGCGCUGCGCAAGAAGCCAACCUGAACCGCUUGACUGAGGAGCAGCGAGAAGAGAUCAACGAAGCAUUUACACUCUUCGAUCUUGAUCGCGACCGCCAUCUCGACUACCAUGAACUUCGCGUCGCUUUCCGUGCCCUCGGCUUCACCCUCUCCAAACAAGAACUCAUCUCCCUUCUCACAACCUACGGCGUGCCCCGCCCACAAGUACAGCAGCAGCAACAACAGCAAGGCGGAGCCUCCAGCGCCAAUCAAGGCCCCAAGGGUGGGAACCCCCAGCACCCGUCGAACCUGCUCAUGCCGCUCUCCUCCUUCCAAUCAAUCACCGCGCUGAAGAUUCUCGAGCGGGACCCUCGGGAUGAGAUCCUGCGCGCUUUCGAGCUGUUUGAUGAAGGGGGCAAGGGCUACAUUGACCUGGAGGAUCUUCGUCGGGUUGCGCGCGAGCUUGGCGAGACGGGUCUUGAGGAGGAGGAGCUGAGGGCUAUGAUUGAGGAAUUUGAUCUUGAGGGUGUGGGGGGUGUGACCCGUGAGGCUUUUGUUGGGAUCUGUUGGCAGUGA